GAGAGGCGGAGGAGGAGUGGAGCCUGACGCAGUGUGAGAGUCAGAAACAGAGGAGAGACUGAGGCCAGGAGGCAGCGCAUCACAUCAGGUGCCGUUUCACAUCCCAAAAUCUUGAGUCGCCACACAGGCUGCUGCUGCUGCUGCUGCUGCUGCUGCUGCUGCUGCGAUCCCAGGCCACCUCCCGGUGAUAAUCGGGCUGGGAUCACAGCGGUGACACACACAGACUGUGAUUGUCAGCCCCACUGAUCUUCAGGAGCACAGACAACCAAGGAGGAGGUGUUAAACGGACUGGUUUUCCGAGGAGACCGUCGGUACCGUCGGUACCGUCAACCACGCUGUGACCGGAACAGGAGACAGAGAGACACUGUCACAGGGACAACCCUCUACAACAGUGCUCCCAACCCCUGGCCCGUGGACCGUGGACCGUGGACCGUGGACCGUGGACUGUGGACCGAGCCCCCGCUGCCUCUGAUGAGGCCACGAGGUCUUCAGAACUGCUCCACCACAUGGACACCGAGGGUUCUGCAUUAACAGACAAGUCCAUGUUAGGAGAACGGCUGACACUGAAGUAUGUGAAGGUGCUACAGUUCAGUGUCGACAUCAGUCAACUAACUCCGCCUCCAGUCCAAGGAUCCGACACGACCACAGCUCAGAUACGUCCUCCACAGGGGGAGGGACUAAUGUCCUCACCCUCAGAGAACAGCAGAGCAGCUGUGCUGAGAAAAAGGAUGAGCUCUCACACCCAAACACACGGCAGUGAGCGGUGAGGAAGAAAGAGAGGAGCUGCUCGUCCAAUCAGAGUUAAGAUGGCCACACAGAACUUAGGUUACAGCCCAGAGGUGACCUGCACCCGCCAGUUUAUCCACAGCCAAUCAGAAGUGAGCCCCUGAAUGACAACGUUUACCGAGGAAACCUGUGACAAAAGCUUACCCACAAUCCCCUCAUACGACCUUGUUUUUAAACUGAAGCGUAGACAAAUUUCACUUUAACAAAAGCUAAACAUUUUCUUCCAAAUGGCUUUGAUACGUUCGUCUUAGACGCCAGGCGUCGCUGCACGACUUUCUCCAAUGGAAGCAGCAACAAAAUCCCAAAUGGCCCAAAGGAACGGUCGGCAGAGACGGCACUCAGAGGGCGGGGCUUCGUCUGUAGUCCUGUCUGGCGCCGGCACCUUCCUCUGCUGGCUCAUCCUGCUGUCAGUGAUGCAGCUGCCCGAGGUGGCGUCCGACUGUUGGCUAAUAGAAGGCGAGAAGGGCUUCGUGUGGUUGGCCAUCUGCAGCAUGAACCAGCCGCCGUACGAAUCCAUCCCCGCUCACAUCAACAGCACCAUUGUGGACCUGAGGCUCAACGAAAACAAAAUACGCUCCGUCCAUUAUACGUCGCUCAGUCGCUUUGGAAACCUGACCUACCUGAACCUCACCAAGAACGACAUCAGCUACGUGGAAGACGGAGCUUUCUCUGCACAGUUCAACCUGCAGGUUCUCCAGAUGGGCUACAACAAGCUGAGGAACCUGACGGAGGGGAUGCUGCGAGGCCUGGGGAAGCUGCAGUACCUCUACCUCCAGGCCAACUACAUCGAGACUGUUACCCCCAACACCUUCUGGGAGUGCCCCAACAUAGAGAACAUAGAUCUGUCCAUGAACAGGAUCCAGAUUUUGGACGGCGCCCUGUUCUCUGGACUGUCCAAACUCACCACCUGUGAACUUUACACCAACCCCUUCAACUGCUCCUGUGAACUCCUCAGCUUUCUGCACUGGCUCGCUGCCUUCCCCAACAGGACCAGUGAGAGGAUGGUGUGCGACUCCCCCGCUGGAUUCUCCGGAUUUAAUCUCCUGAGUCAGAACCCUCGCAUGGCGACACAGCGCACCGCGCUGCACGUGCUCAGCAUCGUAUGUACAGAUGACGGCAGUAGCGUGACGCCUUUUUUCGCCAUUGGUCCAAUCGAUUCCACCACCUCGUCCCCGGACCCCGCCUCCCCCUGUGGAUUUGACGACUGUGCGUCUGGGACUCCUCCUGAUGAGGUCAUCAGUAUCAGCUAUCCCAUUUUCCCGGAGACCAGUCCGCGCAUCACGCUGAAGCAGGUGCUGCACUCCACCGCCGUCAUCACGGUCCAGAUUCCCAACCCGUACAGGAAGAUGUACACGCUGGUGCUGUACAACAACAGCUUCUUCACUGACAUCCAGAUCCUGAAAACUCACCUGGAAGACAUCGAGCUCAAGAACCUGAAAGCCAACACCGACUACACCUACUGCGUGGCCUCCAUCAGGAACUCCCUGCGCUUCAACCACACCUGUCUCACCAUCUCCACAGGUCGACGGGUGGGAGACGAGCGCAAGGCCAAUCAGUCAUCAGCCACUCAUUACAUCAUGACUAUUUUGGGAUGCCUGUUUGGCAUGCUGCUGUUCCUCGGGGUCCUGGUCCACUGCCUGAGGAAGAAGAGAAUCAUGGAGGAAAAGGAGCGGAAGAUGAGCAGGAUUCAGAGGACUCUGAUAGAGCUCAAGUACGGGGGAGAGGGGGAGCUGGAGGGGGGAGGAGGAUCUGUUUCACAGAAGAUUGCUGGUGGGGACAGCCUGUCCAGAAUACCCUACCUGCCCCCGGGGGGAGAGAUUGAUCCAUACAAGCUGCAGGAGGUGCUAGAAACACCAGCCCACAAGCCAGGCAAACUGAACUACAUGGAGGUGAGAGGCUCCAGCAUGGAGAGGGAGAGGGAGAGAGAGAGGGAGAGGGAGAGGGAGAGGGAGAGGGAACGAGACAUGUCCCCCCAGGCCAACGCCCAGGGCUCGGUGGCAGAGAUCUCCACCAUAGCUAAAGAAGUGGACAAAGUGAAUCAGAUCAUCAACAACUGCAUCGAUGCCCUCAAAUCUGAAUCCACCUCCUUCCAGCAGGGCAUUAAAUCGCCCACCGCUGCAGGUGGAGGAGCCGUUUCCACCGCAGAGCCUCAGCUGGUGAUUCUCUCUGAGCAAGGAGAAAGAGGAGGUGAGUUCCUCUCCCCGGUGUAUAAAGGAGGCCGAGGAGGGAGGGAAGAGAGGGGCAGAAGCUCUCAUCAUUCUUUACAGCGUCACCACAGCAUGGAGGCGCCGCCGACCACCAAGAGGCCCAGCACCUCCUCCUCCCCUGGCUCCGCUCGCAGCCCUCGCUCCUUCCGCUCAGAGGGAGGCUUUCACUCGUCGGAGAACCGUUAUAUCGAGAGGACCUCACCUGGGGAGAGAGGAGAAAGAGGGGGAGGGGAGGCCGUCCGUACGGUCAACCCCGCCGCCGCCAUUCUUCGAGCAGAAGCCCAGAGAAUCCGCCAGUACAACGAGCACCGUCACUCCUACCCCGGCUCCCAGCAGCACCUCCAGGAGCUGCAGCACCACCCUCAGAUUUUGCAGGAGCUCCACCACCACCCUGGAGGACGUAAGCCCACGGUUUUAGACCCCCUGACCCUCAGCAGGCAGGCCAAGCAGCGGGAGAUGGCCUACUCCCAGCUGUCCCCCCACUACCCCCUCUCACCGCAGUACCACAACCUCAGUUACUGCUCCAGCCCCGAGGAGGACGAAGAGGAGGAAGGACUGCUCUGCACCCCCACCCUGGGCCUGUGGGAGAGAUUCAAACUCCACCGCAAGAGGCACAGGCAGGCCUCCAUGGAAGACGAAGGAUACGUGGCAGCGGGACACGCCCUGAGGCGGAAGGUUCAAUUCGCCAAGGACGAAGACCUUCACGACAUACUGGACUACUGGAAGGGGGUGUCGGCCCAGCAGAAAGCCUGAUCUCUGAGGGGAGUCGGGGGACACCCCCCGCCCCCCGCCCUUUCCACAUAGGUGCAGACACACGGACCUGUACAUAUGAAUACACACACACACACACCUCCCGCAAACGCAGCCUUUUUUUUUGAAGAACAUCAAGGACCAAACAUCAGUUCAGUCUGUGAUGUCGCUCUUUGUUCUCCCUUUGAUCGACACGGUUAAAGAAAGAAAGAAGCGCUGGUUUUCACUCUGCCUUGACAGUGACAUUCAUCCACUCCAGGUUUUUCUGGUUUUUUGUUUGUUUUUUGGGGGGUGGAGA